AUGAGUCAUCCAAAAGAAGGUUCUGGAGAAACCGGAGUCUCCACUUCUGGUGCUCGAUUAAUGAAAGUCAAGCAAGAAGUUGGUGAAAAGAUGAAGAAAGAUGAGAAGAAAAAGAAGGCUAAGGAGACGAUUGGCGCGAGAGUUGCCAAACGAGCGAAGAAGACAGAUGGUUCCAGUGAGAUCGCUCCCCAAGGAUUUCAUCCACCUUCUUUGCUGAAGAGUCAAGAGGUUGUCAACCUCAUGGUCCAAGCUCAUGGCCGAAAGGAGUUAGCCAAGGCUUGCAAUCCCGACGAAACCCCCGAGACUGCUCCGGAGGGCUGGUUCUGUAUUCAUGAGAAGUACAUUUCUAAAUGCCAUCUCAUAUUCCCACUCUCGACCCUUAUACUAGAUCUCCUUGAUCAUUACCAACUAGCUCUCUCUCAACUUUGUCCCUCGGUUAUCCGAGUGAUAAACGGCUUCAUCACUAGGUCCAAGGAGGAGGGAGUCGAUGUCGGUCUUACCGAUCUGAUGAGCCUCUUUUUGAUCAAAGAGAGCUCUUCUAAAGAUGGUGGCAGCGGAACCUACUACCUUCCUUGUCGCCCCAAGCUGGAUAUUGCGGAUCCUUGUAAACUCUCUGGAUCAGCUAGGUUCCCAGAGCGAUACAAAGCUUCCUUUCUUGAUCCCGUUUCCGUCGCGGAUCUAGAAGUUUCUGAAGGUAACUCGGUGGUAUCGAUUUCAACGGAAGCUAGCACCUCUGAAACCGAAAAGACUCAACCAAGCAGAAUGCCUCUUAAGCCGUCGUUCCGUUCCAGAGGUAGACCUUCUAAAGCAACCAAUACUUCUCGUGGGAGUGACAAGAGUCAGGGAGGAUCUUUCCUUAGCUCCGUGAAGGAAGUUCUCGAUGAGGGCACUUCCAACCCUGUCAAGGACGUCACUCCUACCGAGCCACAGGUUCAAGAUGUUGCUCCUCUUUCUGAUGCUCCGAUGGAGGAAGCUGAGGUCCAAUUCGCCAAAGAUCCUCCUGAGAUUGAGCCCCCGAGGAACAAGAGGUCCAGAACCGAUCAAGUUGACAGACCUUCUAGGUCUUCCUCCUCGUCUUCCAGAGGAGGUACCGUUGGCUGGAGUUUCACUCAUUCAAAGCCUGGGUCGAUCUUGGACGACUCAUGGGGUUUAGCGACGCUGAUGAGGCAUAUGAAGAGAACUGGAUGCUUCCUCCCCUCGAUCAACAACCUGACUAACAGAGAUGAGUACGCUGAGAUAGAUCAUUUCAUGGGUCAGCUGGCUAGAGCUGUUAACAGGGCUCAAUUGAAGUUUGAGGAUGCUAUGCACAAUGCCCCCAAUGCUGGAUAA